AAGGCAAACCAGACAAUGCCCAUCUUGUCCCUCAUCACUGACUGACCUAUAAAUCCCGAAUCACACGGCUGAUUUCUCGCAUCCUAUCUCCAGAUCUUCGUUCACAAAUAUCCAUGGCUUCUCGCUACGAGGUAGAAGUGAAGCUUGAAUCUGCCAAGAACCUCAAGAAUGUGAACUGGCGCUACGGCCCCAAUCGUCCAUACGCCGUCGUUUGGGUUGACCCCAAGAACAAGUGCUCCACCAGGAUCGACGAAUCCGGCGACACCGAAGCCUUCUGGGAUGAGACGCUCCGUAUCCCCUUACCUCCCGGCCCCAUCGAGGACUUCACCCUCUUCAUCGACGUCGUCCACGCCGGCUCCGAGGAGGACACCAAGCCGCUCAUCGGCUCCGCUAAGCUUAAGCUCAACGACGUCCUUCAAGACGUCGGCAUCGGCGAUCGUGCCACCCACAAUUUGACCCUCAAGCGACCAUCGGGGAGGCCGCAAGGUAAGGUGGAGGUUGGUGUUUCUAUCAGAGAAAUAGGCUACCGUGCGCCUGGCCCGUAUAACGCUCCGCCUUACGGCGUCCAAUCGUCAUCGGGAUCACGUGAUUACUCCGGGGCGCCGCCGGCGUAUGGUUAUCCAUACGGCGCGCCUCCGCCAUCGCAUGAUCCGUACUAUUCAACGGCGCCGCCUACAGGGUACCCGUACAGUGGUUACAAUGCGCCGCCGCCGCCAAUGGCCUACGGACAGCCGAGCUACGGUUAUGGUCAGGGGAGUCAGCCGGCGUACGCAGGGGAGGAGAAGAAGAAGAGCAAGUUUGGUGGGAUGGGAACGGGAUUGGCUGUGGGCGCAGUGGGUGGUAUGUUGGGUGGACUCGCACUGGCAGAAGGUUUUGAUGCUUUGGAGGAUCAUGUUGCAGAUGAAGCUGCAGAGAAAGUGGAAGAUGAUCUGGGUUACGAUGAGGGCGGAGACGACUUCUAGAAGAAAACGUAUAUCGUUCGACUUUACUGUUACAUCGCUAUUUGGAAUGUUUUUAACUUUUUAUCUCAAUUAUGUGUAUUCUGUCUGAAAAAUCCGAAAGAUGUAUUCGGAUUCCUGCGGAAUUUUAUUAGAUAAAUCGCGUUGGAAAAAAGAAAAGAAACGGAAAAAGAACCCUAAACCCUAAUUUAGUUUUUGUAUUUGGGUUGAUCUGAGUUUCUUUUUGGGCGUA